GAUGGUGCCACCAAAAGAUAAGAAGGCUAAGAGAUCUACUUGGAAGUUUAACCUUGACCUUACUCAUCCAGUUGAAGAUGGAAUCUUUGAUUCUGGAAAUAUUGAGCAAUUCUUGAAGGAGAAAGUUAAAGUCAAUGGAAAAACAGGGAACCUAGGGAAUGUUGUUUAUAUUGAACACUUCAAGAAUAAGAUCAUGGUUGUGUCUGAGAAACAGUUCUCUAAAAGAUACUUAAAAUAUCUUACCAAGAAAUAUCUCAAGAAGAACAAUCUUCAUGAUUAUCUUCAUGUGGUUGCAUCAGACAAGGAACCUUAA